UCACGGUAAUAAUUCACCCCUCCAUCCAUGAGAGGGGCAAUCAGCAAGGAGAGAUAAAAUGAAAUAAAAUAGAAAAGAAAAAAGAAGAGAAGGGAGGAGGGGGGAAGCCCCUCGCCGAUGUCUGUCAUACAUGCUUAUCGCAAUAAGAAAGAGCUGCAGGCAGGCAUCUCAUCUCAUCUCAUCUCAGCCUGCAGACCAUCAAAAGGGGUUGUCCGAAGGGGGGAACUAAUCAUCAUAAUAAAAAUGGCUACGGAGUCCAUACUGCAGACUGAUUCGCAAGAACCAGACCUCCAUGCCAGGACGAGGGGCGGUGCCAGCAGCGCAUCUCAAUGGACCAGUACCACACGGAGUCAGGACUCAGUAGUGUCUCAUCCUCUCAUGAUCCUCUGCUCAGAAACUGCACAGAACAUCGCCAGAAGCAAAUCGGACCGGCGCCUCGGGUGGUCCCCAGGACGAUCAUCCCGUCUUUCCCAUUCGCAGUACUCCGUUGCGCAGUCGAAAAGUCAGUCUGGAACCCGCCCCUCCCCCUUUUUUUUCUGCUUUCUGGGACUCGUCCCGACGGAUUACGGAGGAGUUGGACUGUUACUGUUAGUGUUAGUGUUGCGCUCAUCUCCGGCUUUCACUUCCACUUCCACCUUCCCAGCCCAGCCCCCCCUUUUUUCUUUCUCGGGGGAUUGGGAUUGGGUUUUCUAGACCUUCUAGCGUCUGGCUUCGGUCCCAGCGUUUCUCUAAAAAUUUGACGAGCUAUCCUCUUCCCGUGUUCCGUCCCUCAUUUGCUUUUUCUUUUUUUCUUUGCUUUGCUUUUUUUGGGCCCGUCUUUCCGUGGACAUCCGGUAGGGAAAACAAAAAACAACGGUUGGUUCCAUAUUGGCUGGGAGGGAUUGCGCGGUCGUCGCAGGUCGCGACUAGCGUUCUGGGCGUACCUU